AGUGAUACAUGUCACACCAUAACCUUGCUACUCUUAUUGUCAUCGCUGUCAAAAUUUUGUGUAUAAGCAACGCAUGUUCAUUAACUUCCUUUAUACACGAUAUAGACACCUGUGCAUCAUUUCGUUUUUAUUUAAAUCCCAUUUCACACUCGAUCUCGUUACUUGUUUCCUGUUCUGAACGCUAUUUCUUGUGAUUUUACACAGUUGACAUUUAAUCUUUUUGUGUGUGAGAUGUGUGUAAGACGAUUGAAAUAUUUCUGAUAAAUGUAGAAAUUCUUGGAAGCAUCAAGUCUCAUCUUGUUAUACAUUUAAUAUUGAAUAUAUAAAGUGUAUCAUUAUUCGAGUUUACUCCUUGUCAUUUCCAUUCUCCUUUUGCAUGAGAUCCUUUAUAAUUCAAAUAGUGGGAUUUUAAAUUGUAUAUAUAAUAAAUUAUUUUGUGUUUUCAUUCCCUGAAAUCGAUGGGCUUCAAUAAACAAACAGCAUUAGUACUUUUGGCAUUUGGAGGAUCUAUUGGUAUGACAUUUGUCAUACUGGGUUGUGCAUUGCCAGCAUAUAAAGUGUGGUGGCCGUUUUUCGUUGUACUGUUCUAUGUGUUGGCACCAGUACCGACUAUAAUUGCACGUCGGCACACGAGCGAACAUGGGGGUUCUAAUCCGUGUUUGGAAUUGGCAGUAUUCAUCACUAUGGGCUUUGUCAUAUCAUCGUUCGCGCUUCCUAUCGUUUUAGCUCGGUCUCCAGCCAGUCAUCCAUUGAUACAAUGGGGUGCAUGUUAUUUGACUCUAGCAGGUAACAUCAUCGUCUAUCUAACUCUAGUCGGAUUUUUCUUAGCAUUCGAUCAAGAAGAAUUUGAAUACAGCUCCUGGUGAAAUACUGUACUUCCCUGUACUUAUUUAUUAAUUUUACACGGUUUUUGCAAGGCAAAAGGAAGAAUAUAAAUCAUAUACUGCACUGACUGACAGUUACGUGUUGAUUCUAAGUCAUCGCAAAAUUGGUAGUAUAUUAUAAUACUUACAUGAUACACAUAUUACCAUAAGUCAUUUAUAAAUACAGUAGAUGCUGAUAACGCUAUAACAAAUAGUAUUACGAUAACUAAUAUAAAAAUCGACGACCGUUUAUUUUGCUAUUUUCAUCCAGUGAUUGAACUACUCAAAGUCUGAUCGAAUCAAAUUUUUCACGAACUAUCAUUCGAACAAAUAUUCGACACGAAACUAUAUCGAGAUACGUGCGAUUUGUAAUACGUAAUUUUUGUUGAAUUUUCGUUUUUCAAAGCAAUAUAAAUAAAUCCCUUCAUUACUUCUUUUAUAAUUACUUUA